AUGUGGAAAUUGAAAAGAGAUAUUGAAGACGAUGAAGAUUUACUUAUGUUGGGUGCUGGACCAACUUUACAAAAAAGAAAUUUGUUUGGUGUCGAUGAACUUCUAAAGAAUUUACAAGAUGAUGAUAUUGGUUUGAAUGGAGAAUUGCGAUCUAGCUUUAAAAACUUUUUGAGGAUGUCAACUGAAGAUUUCGAAAACUUAAUAUGUCUCAUUGGUCCAGCAAUCCACAAACAAAAUACUAAUUGGAGAGCUGCUAUUAGUGUGACUGAACGUUUAGCUCUGACUUUAAGGUUCUUGGCAACGGGAGACUCUUACCAUAGCAUGAUGUAUCAAUUUAAAAUAUCUACUCAGUCAAUAUCACUUAUAGUUCCUGAAGUUUGUGAAGCAAUAGUUAAUGCUCUGUCGGAGUAUAUUAAGAUGCCUUCAAGCUCAGAAGAAUGGAAAAAAAUAGCUAUUGAUUACAAUAAAAUUUGGAAUUUUCCUCAAUGCGUCGGAUCUAUGGACGGAAAACAUGUUGUUAUUGAAGCACCAAUACUAAGUGGAAGUGAUUUUUAUAAUUAUAAAGGCACAUUCAGCAUUGUACUAUUUGCUAUUGUAGAUGCUAACUAUAAUUUUAUUUACGUUAAUGUUGGUUGUCAAGGCCGUAUAUCAGACGGAGGAGUAUUUAAAAGUACUGGAUUCCAAAAGCUCAUGGAAAAUUCUACUUUGAACCUUCCAGAUAAAAGAGCGCUGCCAGGUCGGGACAAAUUGAGCCCAUAUGUUUUUGUAGCUGAUGAUGCUUUUCCUCUUUCACCCAAUAUAAUGAAACCCUAUAGCGGACAUCAGCCUAAAGCUUCGAAAAACCGUAUAUUCAAUUACCGUCUCAGUCGUGCUAGGAGAGUUGUAGAAAACGUAUUUGGUAUAAUGGCGUCAAUAUUUAGAGUAUUUCGAAAACCUAUGCUACUGCAACCGGAAAAAGUUGAUAAAAUAGUAUUGGCUUGUGUUCAUCUUCAUAAUUAUUUAAGAAAACAUUCUUCGAAAACCACAUACAACCCACCAGGUACAUUUGAUUCAGAACAAUUAGAUAAUGGAACAGUAGAAACAGGAUCAUGGAGAAGAGAACAUCAGAGUUUACAAUCAUUUUUACCUAUUCAUCAAGUUCCCCGAAAGUCAUCGAUCGAAGCUGCAGAAGUAAGAGACGAAUUUAGUGAAUACUUCAUCUCACAUGAAGGUGAAGUUCCAUGGCAAUUAAACUAUUGCUAAUUUUGAAAACACUAUUAUUAAUAUAUUUUUUUUAAAUAUAUUUUACUACGAAAAAUAUUACUACGAAUAAACUAUUGUUGUUCAAAGGUUUCAACUAAAUUAAACACUAAAUAU